UAAAAUGUCAGCUUUUUCAGAAAACUGUGGACUAUAUUUUCCAGAAAUAAAAAGAAAUCCAGGCAAAUAUUUACAUAGUUGUCCUGAAUCUGUGAGAAAGUGGCUUCAACAGCUAAAGAAUGCCGGGAAGAUUCUUUUGUUAAUUACCAGUUCUCACAGUGAUUACUGUAGACUGCUCUGUGAAUACACUCUUGGGGAUGAUUUUGCAGACCUUUUUGACAUUGUGAUUACAAAUGCACUGAAGCCUGGUUUCUUUUCCCAUUCGCCAAGUCAGAGGCCUUUCCAUACACUCAAGAAUGAUGAGGAACAGGAAGCACUGCCAUCUCUGGAUAAGCCGGGCUGGUACUCGCAAGGGAACGCUGUUCACCUUUAUGAACUUCUGAAGAAAAUGACUGGCAAACCUCAACCAAAGGUCGUUUACUUUGGUGACAGCAUGCACUCAGACAUUUUCCCAGCAAGUCAUUAUAGUAAGUGGGAGACCGUGCUCAUUCUGGAAGAACUCAGGGGCGAGGAAGGUGAAAAGCAUGAGGCAGAGCCUCUGGAGAAGAGGGGGAAAUAUGAGGGACCAAAGGCAAAGCCUCUAAAUACCUUAUCAAAAAAAUGGGGCUCUUUUUUUAUUGAUUCAGUUUCGGGACAGGAAAACACAGAGGACUCCUCGGUUUAUACAUUGUCAUCUAACAAAAUCAGUACUUACAGCACUAUUGCAAUUCCAAGUAUUGAAGCAAUUUCAGAAUUACCCCUGGACUACAAGUUUACAAGAUUCUCUUCAAGCAGUUCAAAAACAGCUGGCUACUAUCCAUUUGUCCAUUAUACCAAUGGCCUUAUCAAAUGAAGAGACACUGACAAUAAAACAAAUUAUAAUGGAGUGAAAAACCAUAUAUGCACCAAAUGUACUAUUAAAAAAUGUUAAUUUUCAAAAAAAUUGUAAAAUGCUUUGUAGAAAGUUUUUGUGAAAAUUACCAAUUGGUAUUUGUGCAUAAGUCUCUAUUUUAUAUAAACUAUUUGAUACUUAAUGCCUUUUACUAUAUUAAGAUGUGUGUAUCCUAAAAGUAAAAAAAAAA